GUCAAGGGUCGUCUCUUUUGUAUUUCAUCGGCAGUGUGCCAUUGUUCGCGACUAUAUUCUUUGGAUGCAUCGCCAUCUUUUAGCUUUUUUCUUUCUUUUCUUUUUUUCGUCACGUAUAGAGCAUAGCACGUUUUGGUUUGCGUCUUGUCUCAGCAAGCCGGAAGCUUAACUGACUAGCUUUCAGCUGUACCGACGAAUACAUCGUACACAAGAAACCGUUGGCCAUAAGUUUAUUUAUAUUCAAGUGACGACGACUUGGAUAUGGCUCCGUCUCAAGUCAGUCCUCGCAAGGCAGUUGCUGCGCUCGGAGAGAUUCACGGCAACGGGCAAGAUCAUGCCUCUCGCUCACCAUUAAAGAGUACCGAUGUAUCCUACGCCGACAACCGUGGGCGCUCACGAUCACCAACAAAGAAUGCGUUUCCGUCUCUUGGAUUUCGAGGCAAGGCGUCCCCAACCAAGGAGGACCCCAAGUCACGAGAUGCCUCGCCAAAGAAGCCCAAGAAGAUGAAGUCUGGCCCAAACCUGGCUGCACUGCUUUCUAGACCAAAGUCGUUCAAGAACUUGAGGAAACAGGCUGACAAUGACGCUGAUAUUGGAAUGAAUAAGGAAAACACGGCUCCCUCGACGGGGUACGAGGCACCUACACCGAUUUGGGCACAGUUUGCGUCCACCGGGUCGCUGACUAGCGAGGACAAGCAAUCGCCUUCAAUAUCAAGGCCAGUGUCGUACCAGGCGUCGACGCCAUUAACGACUCCAGCCAAGCCAGACUAUUCUGCUUCAUCCAGUAAGCAGCACACUCGUGGGAGGUCAAUUGCCUCCGCCUUCAAGAGCGGCCAUGGAAGAUCCAAGUCGGUGGCUGCCACACCAAAGGCGCCAAACCAGCCAGAAAUCGAGGCCAAGGACAUCAACAAACAUCUAGAAGCCCUUCUUGACCGUCGAAACAUCCCAGAAAACCAGAGAUACAAGAUGAGAAACCUGACCGAUACGAUCAAGAUGGAGUUCAUUCGCCAGGACUGGGCCGAGAUGCAAGCCGCCAAGACCAAGGAUUCGCCAGCAGACGACAAUGGCGUCGAUUCAGAGGGCGAGGAAGAGCAGCCGCGCCGCGGGCGUGGUCGUAGCUUUACAUUUUCACGAAGCCGAAAGAACUCUGCAUCACCCACCAAACGUGACCGUCGAGAUGCCUCCGUCGGGCGCCAUCUCCGCAGCAAGUCGACUGACAAUGUUGCGUUGGACCGCCCCGUCUCUUCUGGAGCCAGUACCGGUGGCGUCUCAAGCGUGUUGUCCAUGAUUAAGCCUCAACAAGGGCCAUCUGAUUAUGUCUCGUAUCUGCGCAAGGUGACCAAGCCCGAGGCGAUUGAGGUUGGCAAGAUCCACAAGCUGCGUCUCUUGCUGCGAAACGAGACGGUGGCUUGGAUCGAAAGCUUCAUUGAGCAAGGUGGCAUGGAGGAGAUUGUCAGCCAGCUCAACCGUAUCAUGGAAGUCGAAUGGAGAGCGGACCACGAAGAUGCUCUCUUGCACGAAAACCUGCUCUGCCUUAAAGCGUUGGCCACCACUGCCCGCGCAAUGGAGUACUUGAAGGCUCAUCAUACCGAGCUGUUUCCUAAGCUACUCCAUCUCAUCUUCGACCCUGAGAAGAAGGGCCCUAGCGAAUUCACCACCCGCAACAUCAUCACAUCGAUUCUCAUCAUGUACAUAUCAUCAGCAUCGCCAGCCGAGCGCAUCAUCCGCGCCAAACAAGUUUUGAAGCACCUGCGCGACCCAGAACCAAAAGAAGCAGACCAGCCGCUGCCAUGGGUCCUCGAGAUGAGACAGGAGCGCCCGUAUCGUGUCUGGAGCAAAGAAGCCGUCAGCGUCACCAAGGAAGUAUUCUGGAUCUUCUUGCACAACAUGAACGUCAUCGCCCUCCCACCCGGCGCCAACGCUCGCGAAGAAGACCCCUUUGACACCAGCAACAACGAACCGUAUGCCUAUAUGAACCGCCACUUCCCUCACGAGCGUCCGCCUGUCCCUGCAGCCCCGUAUGUUGGCGGCGUCGAAUGGGACGCGACCAACUACCUGGCCUCUCAUCUCGAUCUGAUGAACGCACUGAUUGCAUGCACUGCUACACAGGACGCACGCAAUGAGAUUCGCGGCCUUCUGCGCAUUUCCGGCUGGGAGCGAUGCAUGGGUGGCUCGCUGCGCAUGUGCAAGGAGAAGUUCUACGGGUGCGUCCACGAGGCACUGCGCACUUGGGUCGCCGCGGCGGCAGAAGACGGGUGGAAAGUUGAAGAUGUCCGCUUCGGCCCUGUUGCUGCAGACAUUUCUAGAGGUCAUAGCCCCAUUAAGGGCAAGGAUGUGGAGGAUGCGCCGAAGCUGGAGAUGCCGCGAUUUGAUCUCGGUUCUGACAAUGACCAGAAAAAUGACGCUUGGCUCUGAAUGUCUGCUUCUUCUGCUGUCAAGUUUUCUUGUUUACAUCAUUUGCAUAUUGCAUUGCGUUUGCUUUUUUUGUCGGGUUUUAUUUCUUUUUACGUUUGUUAUGCGCUGCUGACGACGGAGUACAUUCAUGGACCAAGUUGACGCCUUUUUUUUCAUGUCACUUGACAACUUUUUGCUGUAAAUCUCUACUUUAUCAACCUUUUGUAUUAGGGUUAUCCUUCCUUUGGUAUACAUACGACCGCACUGUAAUGAAUUUAUGAAAGUUGCAUCUAUCCCUCUUCUUUCUUGCUUGUUGCUCCAGCAGUGAUUCAACCUCUAUGACGUUUAAAUGCCUCCUUGACGGAGACGCCCUCGGCUACAUCAGCCUUGGCCUUGUCGUCUGCACUCGUAAGCUUGGGAAGCAGCUCCAGUAGUUGGUUGACUUUAUCCUGAGGGAUAAUCACCACGCCGUUGGUGGGAUCGUGGACUGCAAGGUCGCCGGGGUUCACUGUCACGCCGUUGAUUUCAACGGGUACUUGUGUAGCCCAAGGCACUGAGCUUCCUCCGGAGCCAACUGUGGAUGUUCCAGUUGCCCAAAUCUACAUAUUCAAACGUUAGGGACAUGAUUAAGAGCCAACAUUAAUGUGAUACUUACCGGAAGCUCGGUGCUGCGCAGCUCAACCAGGUCACGGACACGGCCGGCGACGACAAUUCCCUUAACUCCGAGUAGCUUCAUGCGUAAUGCCAUUAUACCUCCACAUACAGCGUUUUUCUGUCCUAGUGGCUGUUUCAGAACAGCAAAGGUUCCGGGUACGGCCAAGUCUACCCAGUGGGCGUCUUUGGGAACAUUGGCGGCGGGUCGACCUGUCUCAGGGGCGCUUUCAUCCUUAGGUGUAAAGAGAACAGUAGAUACGGGGUGAACUGUAACAGGAGCCUGUUCGUUUACAGUGGCGGGCUGUGUGAGAGCAAGAGGACUGUAUAGGUUUAGAUCAGCCACGAAGCCGGCCCCAGGCACUUUCAGCUUGAGGAGUGCAUCUGAAACAUCACAGGCUGUGUAUUUCUGUAGCUCCUCCAGUUUAGUUGUCGGAAUAGAAACUGUGGUAGACAUGGUUCUGGCGUGGCGGGUGUACAGGAACUGCUGGGCAAAGAUGCGUGGUUUGUUAGUGUGAUGGCGUAGCACGAUGCGCGGAGCCGGAGCGAUGCGCGGGGUGCAGCGGGAGAUGACGGGCCGGAGGGUCGGGUUCAUGGUCCGGCAGACAGAUGCUGCUAUGACUGAGCACGGUGGCCUGAGUGGUCCGUGGAAAUGUAUUAUUCGAGAGCGCGGUCAAUGGCAGAGGAUUGAACAAGCACGACCGCAAUCUGACG